UUUAGAUAUUAAUUUUUUAAUGGUUAAUCUCCGUCUAUAGAAAAGAUUGGCAUCAACACAAUUGAAGGUUGGAGUGAACAGAGUUUGGUUAGAUCCAAAUGAAGCUAGUGAAAUCAGUCUUGCAAAUUCAAGAAUGUCAAUCAGAAAAUUGAUUAAGGAUGGACUCAUCAUGAGAAGAUUGAGAACAAUUCAUUCAAGAGCAAGAGCAAGAAGAUUCCUUGAGGCUAAGAGAAGAGGCAGACAUACAGGUACUGGUAAGAGAAGAGGUACAAGAGAAGCUAGAAUGCCAACUAAGGUACUUUGGAUUCGUAGAUAAAGAGUUUUGAGAAGAUUGUUGAGAAAAUAUAGAGCUGCUAAAAAAAUUGAUAGAUAAUAAUAUCACGAAUUCUAUUUGGCUUCAAAGGGUAAUCAGUACAAAAACAAGAAAGUACUAAUUGAGGCUAUCCACGAAACCAAAUAGGAGAAGGUCAGAGUUGAUAAGAUUGAGAAAGAGUAAAACGAUAGAAGAGAGAAGAAUAAGGCUCAGAGAGUAAAGAAGACUCAUAACAAGUUUGCAGCUGAAUGAUAUGAAAACAAAUAAACAGUACAAUAAUAAACAUAUACAUUAUUCUUAUUUAA